AAUAGAAACUUUGGAGAAAUGGAAACUACAGGGGAAAGGGAAGGCCCAGAUCACAGAUCACAGUAUAACACCCGCGUCCGCACCAUGAGCCACAACGCCCAGCCCUUCUUCCCUGACACCCACGCCGGCGUCCCCCCGACCUACGAGAUGCUCAAGGAGGAGCACGAGGUGGCUGUGCUCGGGCCCCCCCAGAGCUCGGCUCCCGUGACCACCACCGUGAUCAAUAUCCGUGGUGAGACAGCCGUGCCCGACCACAUCGUCUGGUCCCUGUUCAACACCAUCUUCUUGAACUGGUGCUGCCUGGGUUUCGUGGCCUUUGCCUACUCUGUGAAGUCCAGGGACCGGAAGAUGGUGGGUGAUGUGAUUGGGGCCCAGACUUAUGCCUCCACCGCCAAGUGCCUGAACAUUUGUGCCCUGGUCCUGGGCCUCCUGCUGACCAUCACGUUCAUCAUCCUUUUUGUCACUGGAUCGCUGAUGAUUCCGCAGAUGGUCAGACAGCAUGGAGGCUACUAGGAGCUGCCCGUGGCCUGAGGCUCUCUCCCGGGGGGCAGCCUUUUCUGUCCCCUUCAGUCUACCGCUGCACUCAAUAAAGCGCUUGUGUGGGACGCCUGGGUGGCUCAGUUGGUUAAGCAGCUGCCUUCAGCUCAGGUCACGAUCCCAGGGUCCUGGGAUCGAGUCCCACAUCGGGCUCCUUGCUCGGCAGAGAGCCUGCUUCUCCCUCUGCCUCUGUCUGCCUGUGCUCGCUCGCCUGUGCUCGCUCUCUCUCUCUCCCUCUGUCUCUGACAAAUAAAUAAAAUCUUAAAAAAAAAAAAAAAA